AUGAAAAGAAGUGAAGAAUCGAUAACUAAAAAUCGUAAUCAAAAGGAAAUAAGUAUUCUUCGUUGUUGGAAAUGUAGAAAAUGUAUAGCGAGUUCUGGUUGUUUAAUGAAAUAUCCUGAGAAUCAAGUGAAUAGGGAUAGACAUGAUUCAAUUGAUGCUCAAAAUAUUUGCCAUGUGUGGCACAUGAAUAUAGAAGCCCUUCCAGAAUGGAUAAACUGCCUAAUACAAAAAGCCCAGUGGACAGUUGGAAAACUGAAUUGCCCUUUCUGUGGGGCCCGUUUAGGGGGCUUUGAUUUUGUCAGCACUCCAAAAUGUUCCUGUGGCCAGCUUGCAGCUGUACAUCUCUCCAAGAGCCGAACCGAUUAUCAGCCAACACAGGCAGGCAGACUAAUGAGACCAUCGCUGAAAUACUUGUCACAUCCUAGAAUUCAGUCAAGUAGUGACAAGGAAACUCUGCUCACAGGUGGUAGCUCCAAAAACAGAAAUCACAGGCUUUUAACCAUGGCCCAAAUCAAUAAUGGCCCUGGGAGAUUAACAGAAGCACUCUGCCUAGAGGUGCGAUCAACAUAUUUUGAGAUGAAGAAUAAAAAACUGCUCUUCAAAGCAUCAGAUCCUAAAUACCAGCUUUUUGUUCCCCAGCGUGCAACUGGCAGAUAUGCUGCAAGAGCGUUUCAUAGAAAAUCACAUAGUUUGGAUCUGAACAUCAGUGAGAAACUAACUUUAUUACCCACUUUAUAUGAAAUACAUAGUAAGACUACUGCCUAUUCCAGGCUAAAUGAAACACAGCCUAUUGACCUUUCAGGCUUGCCUUUACAAUCUAGUAAAAAUAGCUGUUCCUGUCAAAAUCCAUCCAGCUUUGAUCCUAAUAUGCUGCUGCAAAGAUUUUCAGUGGCUCCCCAUGAGACCCAGACACAAAGAGGAAGAGAAUUUCAAUGUGGUCUGGAAGCUUCUUCAGGGUACUCUGACCAUGCUAAUACUGACAACCUGACUUUCCUGAUGGACCUGCCCUCAGCUACCAGAAGCAUGCUGGAGGCCUCAGACCAAGAAGACCACCUUUCCACUCUGGAAUUCCUGAACUCAGCCAGUUUUUCAUUGGGCACCAUUAAUCAGAGGCUCAAUAAAAGAGAAAGGAACAAACUGAAGAAUCUAAGAAGGAAACAACGAAGGCAUGAAAGAUGGUUACAGAAACAGACUUUGAAUAAUGAGAUGAGUACAGAUGAUGACAAUGAAUAUGCAGAAGAAAAGGAUAGCUACAUCUGUGCAGUAUGUCUGGAUGUUUAUUUCAACCCUUACAUGUGUUACCCUUGCCACCACAUCUUCUGUGAGCCCUGCUUACGGACUCUGGCCAAAGACAAUCCUGCAAGCACUCCCUGCCCAUUGUGUCGGACAAUUAUUUCUAGAGUCUUUUUCCAGACAGAACUGAACAAUGCCACAAAAACAUUCUUUACUAAAGAAUAUUUAAAAAUAAAGCAAAGCUUUCAGAAAUCCAGCUCUGCAAAAUGGCCCCUACCAAACUGCAGAAAAGCAUUUCAUCUUUUUGGAGGUUUCCACAGACGUGCAGCUCCAGUUACAAGAAGGCAGUUCCCGCAUGGUGCACACAGGAUGGAUUACCUGCACUUUGAGGAUGAUAGCCGUGGAUGGUGGUUUGAUAUGGAUAUGGUGAUCAUCUACAUUUAUUCCGUGAACUGGGUCAUUGGAUUUGUUGUUUUCUGCUUUCUUUGCUAUUUUUUCUUUCCGUUUUAGGAAUUUUCAUAACUUACUAGAGUUGAACAAUCAAAUUAUGUAAAUAACAAUUGCUUAAACAUUUUUAAAAUGUGCUUUGAAGUUUUUAUAAUGUCGCAUUGUAUAAAUUGUUGGUGUUAAUAGAAAGCCUGAGAAUAAUGGACUUAUUUAUUAAUGUUUUUCAUAUAAGAAACUAAAUUUUAUUCAAGAGCUAGUCUAUCCAGUACUUAGCAACAAUGCACUGUGAGUAUUAGUUUUAUGGUUCUUCUUGGUUUAGGAUUUGGGACUCUCAUUUUACACUAUCACUUUUAUACUUAUUUUUAUUGUAAAGACAUGUUUUCCCACCACGUACAAAUAGUAAAAAUAUAAAAUGAAAUAAUAAUCUGAGUAGAUAGUUAUCUUCAUUGAUAAAAUAUUUAGCCAAUCACCACUUAUUCUCAGGCAAAUUAUAUCAAUUAAAAAUAUACUAUAUUCUUUGGGAACUAAUCUAACAGGGUAUAUUCAGUUUCAGUUUCCAAUUAUCUCUAAUUAUGUUCCCUUCUAUUACCAGUAAAACUGACCACCAUAUUUGUGCAGAGCUAAAUAAUAGCUUUAGUGCAACAUUUUUAAUUAUAAGCAAGAGGAUAGUAAAUACAAACUACAAGACUAACUCCCACCAAUAGACACUUUAGAGAACUGUAUUAACACUUUCCAAAUUGUAGAAUGGAUCACCUUAAGAAAUUUAAAAAAAAAAAUAAAUUUACUGACUUUCAGUAGUCUAAAAGAGCAAUGCAUGUCCAAAUGUAAUGAAUUUAGUGAUUCAUUUAACUAGAAGAGUGUCAAAUAUAUUUUAAAUGUGCAAUAAAGAGUGGCUUUUAGAUUU